CUCCCCUCUCAAUGCUCCAAAGCUUUGUGUCCACUAUUUCUUGAGUCCUUCGUCAAACUGGAACUUGGCUCCAAGUGGCCACCGUGGAGCGGGUCCCUCUUUCCUCUUUCUCUUUUUCUGCUUCGUGGAAUUUUCAGCAGCAGAGCUUCUGUCCCAAACCUAACUUUGGUGUACAUUAAUAAUACCCCUCUUAGCUUUUUAUAUGUUGCCUCUCCUAUUGGUUUUCUGGUCAAGUAUUUUCUUUUUUGGUGGAAAAUGGAGGCCCAGCUGUUUACAGUGGCUUCAGCCUCUGCUUCACUGACUCUUCUUCUUCCUCCUUCGGAUUCCUCAAAACCCAUUUCCCUUUUCCCCCCUCCAACCCAUCGAUGGAAUUCCAACGGCUUUUUCAAAAUUGUCACCUGCGCUGCUCCGAAGCAUGGCAUUCACUCCACUGAAGCAAUUGAAACUACUAUCGGAUUGCCAAGGAAAAAUAGGGUUGAUGAGACUAAAAUAUAUACCCUUGAGGGUAUAAGGAGUAAUUUGAUUCGACAGGAGGAUAGCAUAAUUUUCAACCUUUUGGAGAGGGCUCAGUUCUGUUUCAAUAAACAGACAUAUAAUGCUGAUGCUUUUGCCAUGGAUGGAUUCAGAGGUUCUUUGGUUGAGUACAUUGUCAAAGAAACUGAAAAGCUUCAUGCUAGUGUUGGGAGAUAUAAGAGCCCCGAUGAGCAUCCUUUCUUCCCAGAUGAUUUACCUAACCCACUGUUGCCGCCUUUGCUGUACCCACAGGUUUUGCAUCCUGCUGCUAAUUCGAUUAAUAUCAAUCUCAAGAUAUGGGACAUGUAUUUCAGAAAUCUUCUUCCUAGAUUAGUUAAAGAAGGUGACGAUAGUAAUUAUGGAUCAGCAGCCGUUUGUGACACAAUUUGCUUGCAGGCCUUGUCAAAGAGAAUCCAUUAUGGUAAGUUUGUUGCAGAAGCAAAAUAUCGGGCCUCACCAGAUGUUUAUAAUGCUGCUAUUAAAGCACAAGACAGUACCCGACUUAUGGCUUUGUUAACAUACCCAGAAGUGGAAGAGGUUAUCAAAAAGAGAGUAGAGAUGAAAACCAGAACUUAUGGGCAAGAGGUGACUUUAGGUGGGGGAGAAAAUGGAACUGAUCCAGCUUACAAAAUCAAUCCAUCUCUAGUAGCUGAUUUAUACGAGGACUGGAUCAUGCCAUUGACAAAGAAAGUUCAAAUUGAAUAUCUUCUGAGAAGACUGGAUUAAAUUGGUACAAGUGUUCAUAAAUAAAACAUAUCUCCCACUAUGGUUGACUGAAGAAUGGAGAAACUUCGACAGCGGCAGUCCGGAUUGGUUCGAAAUUGAUGCUUUUGUUAAUGUAAUGGUGGAUGAGAGUGUGCUGAAAAUGUUUACCCUUCUUGCUGUAUACUUGUGGGUUCAGACUUCAGAGGCACUAGAUGGCUGUGAACACAAAUCGGGUGGUGUUAGAGAUAGAAUCCAGUUCUGGAGAAUAUUGGAGUUGUCUAGUGUUUAAAAUUUUGAGGCUUAUGCUAUUGUGGUAUAUAUAUAUUUUUUAAAUUAUCAUCAUUAUUCUAAGUGUAUAGGAAGGUGGUGAAAUCACUCGUUUUAAUUGGACAAUUGUGGAAGCAACUCUAGUAUGGAGUUAAAUGCACUGUACCCUUGAAUUUUACCUUUAGUUGCACUUUAUCUUCCUGAAUUCAUUGAAUAAGCACUUUAUCUUUUUAUUUGAUAUUUUAAGAC